CUUUGUCUCUUUCUGCAGGGUUCUCUGCAUCAGCUGGGAAGGAAGACCACGAGUUAACCAAUGGAUGUAUUCUGGGAAUAAUUAAGGAGGAGACUUUUUAACCCCUUUCCUGCCAAACCAAGCUCUUCGAGCUCCAUCCCAUCUUUGCUCUCUGGAAAGCAGCCCUUCUAGGAAUCCAGGCUACAUUCACCACAAUAUGCGUUCUAAAAUGGGAGCGACUUGCUUGGCUGCAGCUACUUCGACUCUCAAGAAGGUUGGGGGUUCGGAGUUGAAAGCGCCCUCUGGGUUGAGUGAUUCUUUGGGGAUUGUGACAACACAGCAGAAUUGCAUUCCCAAACUGUUACACAUCCGUCAGUCUACAUCGGAUUCGGGGAUUUUUAGCAAGAGAGGAACCAUUGACAAAGCUGUUCUGGAUUCUCUACUUGGUGCUGCAAUUGGCCUGGGGACGGCAGCGGUGGCUGUUCCGGCCGCAGUUGGCAUUCUGGGUUUCAGUGGCGCAGGAAUUGUGGUUGGCUCAAUUGGCGCCAAGAUGAUGUCUGCUGCUGCCAUUGCAAACGGAGGUGGAGUGGCUGCUGGGGGUUUGGUUGCCACCCUGCAGUCCAUUGGGGCUGCAGGGGUGCCGACUGCUGUGACAGCAGCAACAACAGCCAUAGGAGCAGCGCUGGGAGCCUUAAAGAACAUUUUCGGUUGAGGGGCCGGAGAACAUCCCCCUCCUCUUCUCCAUAGUAUUAGCUGACUGCUUGAAGAGGAAAUGGUUAGAUCUUCAUAGAGUCCUUGAAUGAUUAUAGUUUAGCCUGCUUUCUUGUGGACUUACUUGUUCCACUGUUUUUCUUGUUCUAAAAAUCCCUUAUAAUUUUUCUGUGCCUCAGUUUAUAUUAAAUGUAACGGCAUGUCCACCUUGGUGGGUUUCCAUUCCUCAAAUUCGCAAUCGCCUCUCUUCUCCGGCCCUGAAGAGGCGAACCCCAAGCGCCUCUUCUGAACCUCAAAGCAGUACAGGUGUGCAAGGCAAAAAGUAAAACUUUUCCCCGAUCUCAUGGGCCAGGUUUUCUCCCUUGUUGCUGCUGGACACAGGCAAAAUAAAACUCUUUUCUAAACUCUCCUAGUCCAUCUGGAUGGCUCACCUUUUUUGGGGAAGGAGUAAAUCAGACGUUCAUUGUUAUUCCUUAGAAAUAGAUGCUAUAUUCUGUUAGGUUUAAUUCUUUAAAAAAGCUUGUAUUUAGGACUAUGCAUCUGGACUGGAAAUAGCUAACAAUCCUUCUGAGGAAGGAUGCCAUCAUGUGACUGGGAAUAUUAAAAUGGCAAGGACUGGUUGAAAGUUCUUUCCCCCCAGUGUUGUAACUUCAGUAAACUCAAUGAAUGAUGUAAAUUGAGGAUAACCUGUGCUCCCAAUAAUUCAGCUCUGUUUGAACAGUUGUUAAAGUUUACAUAAUGGAGAGAUCAGCAAAAACGGAACCACAUUUUACUGCUUCCCUAAUGGGGGCUAAUCCAGCAUCUCUGCUUCUACUUGUCUUGGGGCUUGCUUUGCAAAAGAGCACCCUUGCUCUCCAGGAAGCGGGGGGUUCGUUUCCCACACCCCAAGAGUGUGAUGUCCAGAGCCCUCCUGCUUUUCUUCAUACAGCACUCUCAGAGAGACCCAUCUUCCCCACUCCAAACAAGAAUCCCUCUGGGAUAUUUGGAAGGGUAGAACAUCCUACAGGAGAUGGCCCAAGUAAUUCCCUUACUGUUGGGUUCUGAAAGGAAACAAGACAAUUUCCUAAAGGGGAGGAUAAGGAAUGCAGGUAGCUCUCGAUCACAACUGAGCCCAGAAUUUCUGUCGCUAAGCGAGACAGUUAAAGUGCCCCACUUUACCAUCUUCCUUGCCACAGUUGUAAGCAAAUCUGUUGUUAAAUUAAGCGAAUCUAAUUUCUCCAUUGACUGUUGGGUCACAACGUCCUGGGCACACUGUGAUCUUCUUAUGAACUAGUUGCCAAGGAUCUGAAUCAUGUGACCUUGGGGAUGUGGCAACAGAUGAGUGAAAAACUCAUGUCACUUUUCCCUGUGCAGUUUGUAACUUUGGUCACUAAAUAAAUGGCAUUAAGUUGAAGACUACCUUUGACUGCUGCUUGGAAAGUCACACUUCUGAUGGCUUCUCUUGAUGUGUGCUUAGGAGACCUCUGUGCAUAUUUCUGUGCAAUUAUGACACCAGUGAAGUGUUUGCUUUUUACACACAACACACCACACUAAACAGCAUAGAACAAGGUUGUUCUCUUGUCUCAACAUCUCUGUGGGCAUGCCGGAAGGAUUCAUUUGUUUUAUAUUCUGUUUUAUUAUAUUGUAAGCCACCCUGAGUUGUCUUGAGCUGCAAGGUGGGCGGCAUAGAAAUUUAAUAAAAUAAACACUUGUGUAUUUUAAAAACACCUAAAAAAUUCCAUGCAAUGCAAAUUGGGAAAUUUAUUGGAAAAGUCACAGCUCUGCCACAUCUCUUCCUCCAUUCGAGCUUGUAAUUAUUUGCCUUAAUAUAUAAAAUGUGGGGUGCCUGUUUAAAAAAGAUGGACGUGGGGAGUGAAGGGAAGUUAAAGAUUACAGAAAUAUGACGUGAGGUAACUUAGAAAAGACUGACUUGCUUGUACUGUUUUCGGCAUUUUCCAAAAUACACCAGUGGUUUUGUUACAGGCAGGAGACGGAACGAUCAAGUACACAACUGCAAAAGAGAAGACUACUUUCUGAUUUUAUUGUUAACCUUUGUUACUGUUAAAAAGAAUACCCCAAACACACACACGCAUACACGCACACAUACAUACACAAAAGGCUUUGUUCAAUGCUGGAGAGACCAACAGGGUGUUUCUUUUUUCUUUUUCUGUUUUUUAAAGAACUCUUUAGAAAUUUGGUGAAUGGACAAAACCGCUAAUAAAAAGAUACACUUUUUCCUGGUUUUUUUCUUCUUUUAAAAAAUAGUUUCAAUUUUCAAAGCGAUCUUUUAGAGACUGAGGAAAAAAAAAAUCUUCGUCUUGAGGAAGGUGGUGAAAUGGACUUGGCUAAGCCUAUGCACCCUGUGUUUUGAUAAAGGGCAUUUUUUUUUCCUACCCAGAAGGAGGCAGGGUGGGGGGCAGGCAAAGCCAAGCCACCCAAAUUCUGUUUUAGAUUUGGAAUCUGAUUUCUAUGCCUUUUUUUUU